CACUCGGCCGCGGCCUUCCAUUCAGUCAAGCUUUUCUUAUGGCUGCAGGUUUAAAGUUAACGCGACUUCUGACAGAAAGCGCGUUUUAUUUUGUAAAUUCAGACCCCUGCCGUGAAGUUUAGACAGUUUUCUUUUAUCCCGAAGGCAGGUGGGAUGUCUGCAGAUGGGGAAUGGAAAAUAGUCAGCAAGAAGAAGGGGAUGAAGAAAAGGAGAGGAGACGUCAAGGAGCGAAACAUUGCACAGGGGAUCGAGGAUCUGAGUGUGUCUGAAGGGGGGAGGAUCCAGCGGAAGAUAAGGGAAACAAUAGAAGAGUUGCAGAGUUCAGAAUUCUGGAGUGUUUGUCGUGAAACAGUUCAGAAAGUUACAAACAAAUAUCGCACAGCUCCAUUGGCAACAUCAUCAGGUCUGGAUGUUGGAGUUGCUGAAUUCCUCGAGUACAAACAUGAUAAUUUAGAUCAUUGUCAAACCACACUGGAAUUUGUAUGUUAUGGAAUUGGGAGCUUUUCCACUUCUGUUUCAUCUCGCUAUCAGUUGGCCCUGCUGUUCCUUCUGCUUGAAACGCUGCAGCUCAUUCAUUUCUACAGUACUGCCAGCGUCUACUGCCCAGAAACAAUUAGAGUUGAUGAAGUGCAUAUCCCUCGAUUUAGCUGCCUUCUGUUUGAUCCAUUAUUUACAGAAUGGGAGAAGAGGUUCCUGAAGGAUUGUGGGCUAGUAGUGAUCAAAGAAAAUGAGGAAGGAAAGCGACACGUCAACCGACCAACUCUCUUCUACAUGAUUCACUGUGGAAAAGCUCUCUAUAACAAUCUUCUGUGGAAAAACUGGUCACCACAACAACUUGCCCAAACUACUCUAAUUGGAAACAGUUUCAAAGGGAUAGAGGAGAGAUUGCCAGCCCGAGUACUGCAGAGGGACUACACGUACAUCAACUACAUAUUGGCAGUAACUGAAGAGACUGCCUUUCCCUAUAGCGAUAGAUACAUGGAUAUAUUUAAUGAUACCUCUAUUCAUCAAUUUCCUAGAAGAAAGCUGGAUUCAAAGCCUAAAGAAUUCUGGGAGGGUGCAGCUGAACCAACAUACCAGCAGUGUGAAGACUUAGAAAUAAUCCUGAAUGGCUGAAAAUGAUUUUCAGUUUCAAAUUUGGGAGAUAUACGAGUGAACUGCAUUAGUCUGAUCAGUGGAAUUUAAAUGGCCAUGAUUUGCAUCUUUAGGAAUUUCUACUCAGCCUGGCCUUUGCUCAGCAAGGGAGAUUGAAAGAAUGAAUCUCAUUUCUAUGAGAAACAGGGAGAUUAAAUUGAGUGACUAAGAUCCUGCUCUACUACAUUGUCACCUGCAGCAAGAUUGCCUGGCACAAGCAAGUCGGAGACUGGCAAUCUGUUCAAACAGGUUUGUGUUCUCUGGAAAGUAAGUCUUCCUCAUCUUUUUGGUGAAAGUACUGUUUCUCAAAUUUCACUGUUACCCAGUCUUUUCCCAGCUGAUUCAAUCAACUUGUCUGAACAAUCUCCCACCACUGCCUUCCACAAUUGUCAGUAGGUUGUGUUUCCUAGUAUUCAUUUGAUGCCUCUUGCACAUUGAUAAUGCAAUGAAACACUGUAACUGAUGUCAUAUUUUUUUACUGAAAUAAUAAAUUGCAGCUUGACAAUAUUCAUAAAAACAAUUAUUUUACAAUAAAAGAAUCUUUGUUGUAAUUUAACCAUGCAUACAGAUGACUUAUGAAUGAAAGCAAAUAUUUGCAUGGUAAGUCUGAUUUUAUACAUAAACAUGAAUCCAAGAAAUAAUGCAGCACAGAAGAAAGCCAUCACUAAAGAAUUUAAAGUUUAAAACUCUACAUUGGAACUAUUUUAUUUUUACCCCAGCCACCAUAGAGUCAGAAUAGUACAGCACAGAAAUGGGCCCUUUGGCCCAUCUAGUCCAUACCAAACCCUAGCCUUCCCAUUUGUUCCCCAAUGGAUAGUUCCCAUUUGUGUAACUAUCUAAAUUUCUCUUAUAUGUUGAACCCACACCUUCAUUCAGUUGCUCUCACCAACCUGAGUAAAGAAGUUCUCCCUCAUGUACCCCUUAAACAUGUUGCAUUUCGCCCUUAACACAUGACCUCUAAUUGUAGUCCCACUCUACCUCAGUGGAAAAAGCCUGCUUGUAUUUACCCUAUCUAUACCCCACAUAAUUUUGUAUACUUCUGUCAAAUCUCCCUUCAAUCUUCUAUGUUGUAGGGAAUAAAGUUGUAACCUACUCAACUUUUCUAUAUAACUCAGCUCCUCAAGGUCCAGCAGCAUCCUUGUAAAUUUCCUCUGCACUCUUUCAGUCUUAUUUACAUCUUUCCUGAAGGUAUGGGACUAAAACUGCACGCAAUACUCCAAAUUAGGCUAUACUAAUGUCUUAUACCAUUUUAACAUAACAUCCUAGCUACUGUACUCAGUCCAUUGAUUUAUGAAGACCUAUGUGCCAAAAGCUUUCUUUACGACCCUAUUUACCUGUAACACCAUUUUCAAGGAAUUAUGCAUCUGUAUUCCACUAUCCCUGUGUCUCACUGCACUCACCAUGCAAGACCUACCCUGGUUGGUCCUCCCAAAGUGCAACACCUCAGUCAUCUGAAUUAAAUCCAUCUGCAAUUUCUCCAGCUACUCCAGAUUCUGCUGCAAGCUCUGAUAGUCUUCCUUGCUGCCCACUACAACCCCAGAGUUGGUGUCAUCGCAAAUUUGCUGAUCUAGUUUACCACAUUAUUUUCCAGAUUGUUGAUGUAGAUGACGAAUAACAACAGACCCAGCACUAAUCCCUGUGACACACAACUAGCCACAGGCCUCCACGAAGCCAAUGUCUAAUUCAAUUUUACUACCCUUCUUUAAUGCCAAGUGACUGAACCUUCUUGGCCAACCUCCCAAGUGGGACCUUGUCAAAUGUCCUGGUAGACAAUAUCAAUUGCCUUGCUUUUAGCAACUUUUCUGGAACUUUCUUUGAAAACCUCUAAGAUAGGUUAGACUUGACCUACCACGCACAAAGCCAUAUUGAGUAUCCCUCAUAGUCUAUCAAAAUAAGGAGCCUUGCAGACAAAGUUGAGAAGCAUAUUUGGAUCAUCAGAUCCCUCACUAGGAAAUUCCAAAAAAAAUCAGCGAUAUUGUGAAACUGAAAAGUUUUCAUAAUCUCAGUUCAGAAUAUUUGUCCAAAAACUAGAAAAUGACUAGACUCUUAAUUGAAAGUUGAAUUUGAUCCAUCAAAUCUACAAUUGCUUAAUGAUGGUAUUUUUAGCAACAGUCUGGUAAUUAAAUAUCCAAUUCCUACAUAUAUUUGGUUUAACAUGUGUUAGAAUGAUAUAAAUAAGUGUACUAACUCUAUUUCUGAUAGUGAAGUACUUGACUGUAUCAAUAUCAUAGAGCAAAUAUAUUGGAGGAACUCAACUAAUGCAUGAGUGAAGAGAAAUGGAUAGCAGAGACCCUUUAUCUAGACUGGAAUGGAGAAGAAAAGACCUGAUAAAAGCAGGAUGUCAUGGUUGGGAGUUGGAAUUUAAAACUUCCAAGGGCAGUGAACAAGAUUGGGGUUAGGCAGGAAGUUGUGGCAUGGUGUGAUUACCCCCAGGGGAAAGGUAUUUGAACUAGGUGCUGCUGGCUGGUGGAGCAGUGGAAACUGUCAGCAUGACAUUGGGGCCCAGCCUGAAGCUAGGCAAGCUUAUGGUCUUUAUGGAUGUCAGGAACGAGAAGAAAUGCUGGUUGAAAGCAUGAAUCAGCACAGGACAAACUACAGAUCCACAACAAAUUUGGGAGAGUGAAGCCCUGAUUAGUGAAAAAGAAGAAAGUACUAACACAAGGCAGAGAGGGUAGAAUGCAUGACGGAGGAAAAAAUCAUUGGGAGAAGUGCUGAAUGUCUGGAAACCCAGCUGGAGAGCCUGCAGGACAUGAUGGUGGUAAAGACAAGUCGAUGGGUGCAGUAAUGAGUCUGGGUGAACUUGAUGAGCAGUGAGACAGUAUCCCAAAGGGAGGGGGCAAUUUUUUUUUAAUGGACAUACAUAAAAUAGACUGCAGUAGAGUAAUACAAUUAAACUACAAGAAGUAAUCUGCUGUGAGAAUUCAGAGGGCCUGGCAGUAUGUGUUGAAGGAAAUGGACAGUCAAUGUUUUGGAUGACCCUUCACCUAGACUGCAACUUAGCUGUUCAAAGUUAUAUAACAUGGAAACAAGCCCUGCAGCCUGGCUCAUCUUUACUAACCAAGAUGUCUAUCUAAACCAAUCCUAUUUGCCUACAUUUGACCCAAACCUUUCUCAUAAAUGUACCUAUUCACAUAUAGAAAACAUAGAAAACCUACAGCACAAUACAGGCCCUUCGGCCCACAACACUGUGCCAAACUUGUCCCUAUCUCAGAAAUUACCUAGCAUUACCCAUAGCCCUCUUUUUCUGAGCUCCAUGUACCUGUCCAGGAGUCUCUUAAAAGACCCUAUCGUAUCCGCCUCCACCACUGUCGCUGGCAGCCCAUAUGUUUCCAUGUUGUAAUUCUGUCUGCCUCUAGCACCAUCUUUGGCAGCUCAGUCUCCUACUCACUACCAUAUGUGUGAAAGAACUUGCCCCUAAAACCUCCCUGAAAUCUUUCUCAGCUUAAACUAAUUUCACUCUAGUUUCAGACACCCUUAUUCUUAAAAAGUCUGAUUACCUAUACACCCCUCAAUUUUAUAAACCUCUACAAGGUCAGCCCUCAACCUACUCCAGGGAAAACAGUUCUAGCAUAUUUAAGCUCUCCUUUUAACUAAAACCCUAUGAUUUAACCAACAUUCCCAUGAAGCUGUUCUGCCUGCUCUCUUAAUUAAUUACAUCCUUUCUAUUGUGUGAAGACCAGAUCUGUAGACGAUACUCCAAGUUGCGGCCUAACCAAUGAUUUGUAUCAUUGUAACACAGGAUACUAACUCCUAUAUGAAAGCUUCAGUCGAUAAAGGAAGCAGACCUUAUGUGUUUUUCAAGACUCAGUUCCAUGCAAGUUGUGACAUAGUAGACAGGGUAAUUGUACCCCAAAGUCACUCUUCAGUGCCCUGUCAUUCAACUAUGCAUGUUCUGGCCUGGUUUAACUUCCCAAAAUGCAUCACUUCACAUUGUCUAAGUAAAAUUUCUUGUCUACCUUCUUGAUUGAAUCUAAUGUUAUAAUCUUUCUCGUGAUCACAAGACCCUGUAGGACAUUGUUAAUGUGGAAUGCUGCAAGUCUGAUUCACUACUUUAUUGGCAAAUAGCAGGGGCACUGCGUGGCCUCUGUUGUAGUGAGGACUAGACCCCUAAAUGCAGUUUCACUGUUUACAGCUGCCCAGGAGAGGUGGUGACUCCAUCAGAGGUGGUGCUACCCUUCCCGCCCCACCCCUCAGUGUGCUUCCUAUCUUAUACAUGCCUGGUGCUGUGGGUGACUGUUGGUGCUAUGCUUUGCACCUUGGUUCUACAGUGACACUGGCUGUAUUCAUAUGCAGCUAUGUGACAAUUAAACUUGAAUUUCAACCUUAGACAACCUUCUCCACCAUUCAUUAAACCAGAUAUUUGUGUCAUCUGAAACCUUACCCAUGCUAAUGAGAUUUACUUCCAAAUCAUUAAUGUAUAUAACUAACUCAAUACUACAGCACGAGUAUUAUUUACUGUUGUUUUC